GCCUUGUGAUGUAAAGAGAUCAUAGAAGGGAAAUAUCGACAAGACAAGAGCAAUAAAGAAUAAUGAAUGUUUGCUCGGUAGUCUGGUGAAAGCACGUGCUGUGGGUAGUCGAAUUCGGAAAUCUGUACAACUCUCAGAAGAAAUUUUGACGCCGUGACUGAGAGGACCACGGGCAUGACAUUUCGAUUUUGUGUUCAACUUUUGUGUUUAAUUUAAGUUCAUAUAUGUUGCAAAUUUACUGCUGAGAGUCCUUUUUAAGUGUCAUAAUUAAAUUUGAAAUAUCCUGUUGAAACAAUGGAACUCAAUAGUGUCUCCUCGACAAAUCCUGUGAGUUUUUGAAAUCUGUCUUUCCUUAUGAAUUCUUAAGUUAUGAAGAUCAAUCAAACAGAAAUCGAUGGGAACCACCACAAAUCUAACACCGAUACGGUUCAUCACCGAACAACACCCGAGCCCCCAAAGCUUCUAUAUGGAAUAAACGACAAUCCACCAUGGUAUUUGAGUAUUUUUCUAGCCUUUCAACACUACCUCACAAUGAUUGGUGCUAUAGUAUCGAUUCCAUUUAUCCUGACACCUGCCUUAUGCAUGUCUGAUGAAGAUCCAAAUCGAGGUGUUAUAAUUUCGACGAUGAUAUUUGUGACAGGCAUUGUGACAAUGUUUCAGGCGACUUGGGGUGUCCGCUUACCCAUUGUCCAAGGUGGAACAAUUUCUUUCCUUGUACCAACAUUGGCUAUCUUAUCCUUGCCUCAAUGGAAGUGCCCACCUGCUGAUGAAUUCAAACAAAUGGAUGAUGAUGAUAAGCAAGAAUUGUGGCAGGUACGCAUGCGAGAACUGUCAGGUGCAAUCGCAAUAUCGGCAUUACUUCAAGUAUUUAUUGGUUACACGGGAUUGGUGGGGAAAAUACUCAAAUAUGUCACACCUCUGACAAUCGUCCCUACGGUUUCGUUAGUGGGCCUAACGUUGUUUGAACAUGCAGCCUCUUCAGCGUCAAAACAUUGGGGUAUUGCAGUGGGAACAACAGGUAUGUUAACGUUAUUCUCCCAAAUAAUGGUCAAUAUAAGUGUUCCUAUUGUGGCAUACAGAAAGGGUUCUGGUCUUGAAGUUCGUCAGUUUCACCUUUUUAAGCUGUUUCCUGUUCUUCUAACAAUAGCCAUUAUGUGGGGCUUAUGUGGUGUUCUUACGCUAACAGGUGUUUUUGAAGAAGGACAUCCUGCAAGGACAGAUGUACGUAUCAAAGUUCUUGCAGAUGCUUCUUGGUUUUAUGUUCCUUAUCCUGGACAGUUUGGAAUUCCUACCGUUACGCUUUCAGGCGUCUUGGGAAUGAUGGCUGGUGUCCUUGCGUGUACAGUGGAGUCCAUUAGCUACUAUCCAACAGUUUCACAAAUGAGUGGAGCCGACUCACCUCCAUUGCAUGCUAUAAACAGAGGAAUUGGUACAGAAGGUCUUGGUACCAUGUUAGCUGGUCUGUGGGGCGCUGGCAAUGGAACCAAUACAUUUGGUGAAAACGUCGGUGCUAUUGGAGUCACGAAGGUUGGAAGUCGUAGAGUUAUUCAAUGGGCUGCAGUCAUAAUGCUCCUUCAGGGUAUAAUUGGGAAAUUUGGAGCAGUUUUUAUUAUGAUACCUGAUCCGGUUGUGGGAGGAAUUUUUUGUGUGAUGUUCGGCAUGAUUACUGCAUUUGGACUUUCUACUUUGCAAUAUGUAGAUCUAAGAUCGGCACGAAAUUUAUAUAUCCUUGGUCUUUCAAUGUUCUUCCCAAUGGUGUUAUGUCGUUGGAUUCAACAACAUCCGGGGGUUAUCAAAACUGGUAAUGAUACAUUGGAUUCAACUCUGUCCGUUUUGCUUGGAACAACCAUUUUGGUGGGUGGUCUGUUGGGAUGUUUCUUAGACAAUAUAAUUCCAGGUACACCCGAAGAGCGUGGUUUGAUUCAAUGGGCCAAUGAAAUGCCACUAGGUGGUGAUGAAGAAAAGACAGAACACUCACCUGACUAUGAUUUCCCCUAUGGAAUGAGUUUACUAAAGAAAUGGAAAUGGACAUAUUAUGUUCCAUUCCUUCCCACAUACAAAUUGAAGAAGCAGAACUAGAUUUCGAGCUGCCUAAAUUUGUUUUUUAGUAAUAGAUCCAUUUGUACUUAAGUAUAUUUUGUUUUACAAAAAAUAAAAGAUUUAAGAAUAAAAUUUA